AUGACCGGGCCGUCACGGUCGGCGGCGGCAGGAAACCAACCUUCAAUCUGCGAAGCCGAUCGCGCAGCUAUCAUUCCCUUGCAAUCACCCUCCCCACACGCCAAAGACCAACGGCGGAAGAUACCCAGGCAGAGCUGGGAGUAUGUUGUCAAGAGCGGUGUUGCAGGAGGCGUUGCUGCCUGCACGGCCAAGACGGUGGUUGCACCCUUGGACAGAGUAAAGAUUCUCUUUCAAGCCAGCAAUCCGCAGUUCCAGAAGUACACAGGUUCAUGGGCUGGAGCACUCCGAGCGAUUCGCGACAUCUACCGGACGGAUGGCGGCCGGGGCUUGUUUCGCGGUCACAGUGCGACGCUGCUUAGGAUCUUCCCGUACGGUGGCAUUAAGUUCUUGGCUUAUGAGCAGAUACGUGGGAUUCUUAUACCUACCAAAGAUCACGAGACGCCACUGCGAAGGAUGUUGGCAGGAUCGCUAUCCGGAGUCUGCUCCGUAUUUGCAACGUAUCCGCUGGAAGUCAUCAGAGUGCGGCUAGCAUGGGAGACACGAGGCGACACGCGGGUCACAGUCCGCGACAUAUGCCGCACAAUCUACCAUGAGCACCCCCCUGCGCCAAAACCUCCCUCGGCCGCUGCCGCCGCCACGAGCAGUAUCACCCUCCGCUCCGGACUUGCAAACUUCUUUCGCGGCUUCACGCCAACUCUAUGGGGCAUGAUACCCUACGCAGGCACUUCGUUUCUUACCCACGACAUGGCCGGAGACUUCAUGCGGCUGCAGGUAAUCGCGCCAUACACUGUCAUACCCGCAAGCGAACGGACAGCGAAACAAUCUGCGCCUAACAAGCCUCCGCCGUUGCGCGCAUGGGCCGAGCUCACUACCGGUGCCGUGGCUGGAUUCGUCUCGCAAACCGUUUCGUACCCGCUGGAAGUAAUCCGGAGACGGAUGCAGGUCGGCGGCGUGGUCGGGGACGGACAUAGGCUAACUAUGAUUGAGGUUGCAAGGAAUAUUAUGCAUGAUCGGGGUUGGAGGGGUUUCUUUGUUGGGUUGGGCAUUGGGUACGUCAAGGUGGUGCCCAUGGUGGCGACGAGUUUCUAUGUUUAUGAGCGGAUGAAGACGUGGUUUGGCAUCUAG